GUCAGAUAUUUGAAGAGAUCAAGUUACUUAAUGAUCAUGAAUGUCAUAUUGAAGUGAGCUUCCUAGAAGUGUAUAAUGAAAUUAUUAUUGAUCUACUGGACACGGAACAAAAAGUCCACAAUAUAAAAAUGGUUAACAGUACAAGUAACAAUAUAUAUAUUACUAAUUUGACAAUUGAAAAAAUAAAAGAUCCAAAAGAAUGGUAUACAUUUUUUCAAAAAGCCCAGCGGAACCGAGCCACUACGGCUACACGGUCAAAUGAACGAUUAUCUAGGUCACACUUAGUGAUGACAUUAAGAAUAAGAAGGAUUUACAGAAAUGAAGUAUCCGUAGGACUUAUCAAUCUAAUUGAUCUUGCCGGUUCCGUAAGGCUAUCCAUCGAAGAAUGCGCAACCUUGGAAACCAAAUGUAUAAAUAAGUCUUUAGCAAAUCUUAGUAACGUGAUAUUAGCACUUAAAAAAUAUCAAGAACACAUUCCUUAUAGGAAUUCUAAACUAACACAUUUAUUAAUGCCUUCUCUGGGAGGCAAGUCUAAAAUUAUAAUGAUAAUCAAUAUUUCUCCACUCGAGGAGAAUAUUAAUGAAACUAUCAAUUCACUAAGAUUUGCACUUAUCGUUAAUAAUUGCACGACUGGCGCUGUUCAACGAAACAGAACGCGCGAUACUUAUUUAUAAAGAAAAAAAGCGCUAGAAAAAAUGGGACUUUUAAAAAAGUAAUAUAUAUAUGUAUGUAUCAAUAAUUUCAUUAAUUACAUGCGAAUAUCUAAUAUCUUUAAAUCUACAUAUCUUACGAGAAAAGUUAUACAUUUAUUAUUUGUAAUGUCAGACGUUUAUCUAAACGUUAUCUAUUUGUAUGAAAAAAUCUGUCAUUCUAAAUGUUGUUCAUAAUACGUUCUCUCAUCACCGGGUUAA